UUGCACGUUAGGCAACACUGGACAUUUAAUUGGACUGUCAGCUGUUAAAACGUUUGCCAACGAUUUUCUACAAUUUUCAUUUGCAAAACAUAAAAAAUGGACAAGAAAAUGAAUCUAAAUUCUGCACAAAAAGAAAAUAAACCAUAUCGGGUUGUUUUCGAUGUUCAAGCAGAACCCGAAAGUCAUAUCUCAACACGCCCCGAAGAUAAUGGCGCCGAGUUUCGCAGAUUUGUUGUGGAGUUUUCGAGUCCCUUGGAUAAGCGUCUUUUUGUCCGAUCCGUUUUCAACGGUCCAACUGAUCCCAACUUUUACUGUCUCAUCGAGGAACUUCGAGCUGGACUCCACCGAGUUGGGGACGAGCAAGAUUAUGAUAAUGUCUCCACGACUGAUACCUCAUCGGAAACGGAGAUGACUGUGAAAUCUUUGUAAUCAAUUGCAAAUAAUAAAUACAUACAUCUAG